GGAGGGAUCCUGGCCCGUGGGCGGAGGAGGCGCUGCCUGUGCGGCUGAGCCGCGUGGGGGGCGGAGGGGCACCAACAUGGCGGCCCCGUCGUCCUAACUUUGGCCCCCUUCGGCCCCCGUCGGCAGCCGCUGCCGCCGCCCGCCGCCGCCCCCCUCCGCGGCUCGGCCGCCGUCAUGCCGGGCAUGAUGGAGAAGGGAGCCGAGCUCCUGGCCGGCGGCGGCGCCAAGGGCAGGGCGGCCCCCAACGGCACCAAGAAUGGAGGCGGCGGCGGCGGUGGCGGUGGCGGGGGCAGCCCCGGGGCCAACGGGCAUUUCUCGGAGACGGAGAGCGGAGCAGCAGGCGGCGGCGGCACUGGCGGAGGAGGAGGAGGAGGCGACAGCGGCGACGAACACGAUGUAGGCAUGAGGGUCGGAGCAGACUAUCAAGCUCGCAUCCCUGACUUUGAUCCUGGAGCUACAAAAUACACAGAUAAAGACAAUGGAGGGAUGCUUGUAUGGUCUCCAUAUCAUAGUAUUUCUGAUGCCAAAUUGGAUGAAUACAUUGCAAUAGCUAAGGAAAAACAUGGCUACAAUGUGGAACAGGCACUUGGUAUGUUGUUCUGGCAUAAGCACAACAUUGAGAAGUCCCUUGCAGAUCUCCCAAAUUUUACUCCUUUUCCGGAUGAAUGGACAGUUGAAGAUAAAGUCCUCUUUGAACAAGCCUUCAGUUUCCAUGGGAAAAGCUUUCACAGAAUACAACAAAUGCUUCCAGACAAGACUAUUGCAAGCCUUGUAAAAUAUUACUACUCAUGGAAGAAAACCCGUUCUAGGACAAGCUUAAUGGACCGCCAGGCUAGGAAACUGGCUAAUAGAAAUAAUCAAGGUGACAGUGACGAUGAUGUGGAAGAAGCUCAUCCAAUGGAUGGAAAUGAUAGUGAUUAUGAUCCCAAGAAGGAAACUAAAAAAGAGGGGAGUAAUGAGCAGCCUGUUCAGUCCAGCAAAAUAGGAUUGGGCAGAAGAGAAUAUCAGAGUUUACAACAUCGUCAUCACUCCCAGCGGUCUAAAUGUCGUCCUCCCAAAGGCAUGUACCUAACUCAAGAAGAUGUAGUAGCAGUUUCCUGUAGCCCCAAUGCAGCAAAUACACUUCUUAGGCAGCUGGAUAUGGAGUUAAUAUCAUUGAAGCGUCAGGUUCAGAAUGCUAAACAAGUUAAUAGUGCACUUAAGCAGAAAACUGAAGGUGGGAUAGAAGAAUUCAAACCUCUUGAGUCAAAUCAAAAAAUUAAUGCCCGUUGGACAACAGAAGAACAGCUUCUUGCAGUUCAAGGUGUCCGCAAAUACGGUAAAGAUUUUCAAGCUAUUGCUGAUGUAAUUGGCAACAAGACUGUUGGUCAAGUGAAGAACUUCUUUGUAAACUACAGGCGUCGGUUUAACUUAGAGGAGGUAUUGCAGGAGUGGGAAGCAGAACAAGGAACCCUGGCUUCUAAUGGUGAUGCUUCUGCUUUAGGGGAGGACUCAAAAAAUACUAUUGUGCCAUCAGGAAAGAGCACUGAUGAAGAAGAUGAGGCCCAGGUCCCACAGACCCCUCAAUGUGUAGGGUCUUCUCCACCUACCCAGCCGUCUACUCCAACACCAGCAACCCCUGUAACAACAUUGAACCAGCCUCCUCCAUUACUUCGUCCAACCCUUCCGGCUGCUCCAGCUCUCCAUCGUCAGCCUCCACCACUUCAGCAACAGGCUCGAUUUAUUCAGCCAAGACCGACUCUAAACCAGCCCCCUCCACCCCUUAUCCGCCCAGCUAACUCCAUGCCUCCUCGUCUAAACCCAAGACCAGCAUUAUCUUCCACUGGCGGCCCACAGCCACCUUCGCUUAUUGGAAUCCAGACAGAAUCACAGACCCCUCUGCACUAAAGGAGUAGGGCUGAACUAUGAUAAAUAGCAAAAUUGUAUCCGUGUCUAUUUUAUCUGAAAUAAAGUGGGGAGGGAAGAAAAGCAAGCCUUCCAUAGUAUUUAAUCCACUCUUACACAAAAGAGAAAUAAAUGAAUGGCCAUGUGUAUGAGAACUUCCAUGCAGUAGAUUGUUACAGCAAAACCAAGUCUAUGAAGUCAGCCUUUUUGAUACUGCUAACUUCUUUAGAAAAGUUCCAUGCACUAAGACUUCAACUGAUUUUUACUCUUAUUUAUUUUAUAAAAUUCUUUAUAUUCAGCUACAUGGAAGCAAACCAUCUGGAAAGUGUAGGAGUUUCAACUUCAGUUUUGAAGUGGGCUGUGUAAACCUGAUAUAUUGGGGAAAUUGUUUUUACAUUUUGCUAUGUUAGGACCACAGUGUUACUAACAAACCUGCCAUUCAGAUUUUGACAGAUGAUCUAUCUAAUCAUACAUUUUAGGAUUGUAUUUUCUAGAUUUCUUUAUAAAUUAUUUUCCAUCAGUAUACCUGUUGGAAAUAUUUCAUUGAAGAUUUGCAAAGCUGUACAAAAUAGGUUAAACCAAUAUUCCUUAUACUCUGAUGCAGGAAGCAGGAUUUGCCAGUGCAAAAUCUGUGUUAAGCAAUGGAUGAGCUGGCAUAUUUGUUUUAUGUUUAAAACUUAGAAAACUUAAAACCAGUAACAAUCUCUGUUGUCAUGUGACUACUAAAAUUAUUAUCUUCUUUUUUUAAUAUAAUACCAUUUUUUACCAGAAAUUUUAUUCUGUUGUCUAAUAUCUGGCAAUAAAUUAGCAAGGAGUGGCCUGCUAAGUUCUCUAGAUACAACAGCAUUGUGGAAACAAUCACACAUUAAGAAUGACUUAGUCUGCCAUUGUUUCAUUCUUGGGCUGUUCCAAUCUGGGAUUUUUGGUGUUUCUUGCUAGUACAUCACUUCCUCCCCUUUUUUAUUUGGUAUUAAAACAGAUACCAAAUCAUGCUUUACCUAAAUCAGGAAACAGAACUAAAGCUCUGUGUUGGCUUGCUUAACUUGGUUUUGGAUAAGAAAAGCCAGGCUAUAGAAGUCUUCUGUCUCCUUGAGAAGAUUUGCAUUUCUUCUUUAUUGCCCAGCUGACUUCCCCACUUUCUACAAAGUAGUGGUGUUUUAACAUUCAAAGUUUAAGAUGAUUUCAUGUGCAGCAAAGUUGUACCAACCUCUUAUGUACUGCAUUUUACAGUUUAAGUGUCAAACAUUUUAGACUUAUCCAUGGAAUGGAAUUAGCCAUUAACUCAUUUUUUUAAUUUAAAAGAAAAGAAAUCUUAUGUCAAUAGAAUUUUAUUUUGUUUGUAGUCUAUUAAAUGCAAAUGUCCCUUUGUAUCUGUACUCCGAGUCACAAUAUUUAAUUUCAAAUACUGGCUUUUCACAGGAAGAAAUGACAGUGUCAUUUGCCAGAUUUCUUGGUACUUCAUGACAUUAGAACUUUUGGUUCUAGGGUCAAUAUUAACCCUCAGAAUUUAUUGAGCCUCUCAAACCUGUUUGUACAUUUUGGAAUAACUCUUUAAAUACCAAACUGCUAACAAUGCAUUUUCAGUAUUUAAGUAUGUAGAUCACGUUUCCCAGUGACUGUAUUGUCCUUUUUGUCUUGUCUCUUGUCGCUAGAACUUCACAGUGUACAGAAGGUUGGGUGCUGCCAUGCUGAUGGCAUUUUUAGACUAUCAAACUGUAACUGGGCAGUUGUGUUUGGGGGUGAGAUAGGUAUGUAGUGUAAUAUUGCUUUACAUACGCUAUACCACAAAGUAACAAAAUGUUUAGCAUUUGUAGUACUGAACAUGUACAUAGCAAAAUGUUGUCCUUUUUAAAAAUUGUGUGCUUUCCAGAUUAUGUGCAUACAGCUUGCACGUCCUGUUUUGGGUAGGGGGUUGUGUUAAGCAGUGUUUUUUGCCUGGAAGAGUGAUAUGCUUGCUGCUUAAUCAAAGAAUUAAAGUUUCCAAGGAAUCUGUGUCUAUUUUUAUGUACCUUGUAAUGGUUUAAAAAUGUUUAGGGCCCGUAUACUGUGAUUCUCUUCUAAAUUCAUUUAUAUUUUUUUAAAGAUUAGAAAUAAAAUUAUAUGAUUUUUCAUUUGAAAGGGGUUUUCCUUUUUGCCAUAGUAUUAAAAAAUCCAUCUUUGUACCAUUGAUACAAACCACAGUUCUAUUCAUUUUAGUUUACGUUUUGUCACUUUAUGAAAUGUAAAAUGUUUGCACUCCCUUUAAGUUGGGCAGAGAAAAUAUUUCUUACAUUGGUUUUGACAAAUGUAACUUUACAGCUCCUUUUUAUGUACAGUUUUUCAGUUACAAUAAAGAAAUAUAAAAACUUUUAAA